ACCGGCGCAGCUAGUCAGACUCAUAGUCCUUCACUCAGCACCGCUUGUUCCAAUGGCCCAAGCUCAGAAGAAAUUUUGUUGAUCAGCUGGAAGAGCACAUUUUCUGAGGUACAGGACGGAAUAAUAAAGCCAUCGAGACAGGCAGGCAUCCGGGCUUUGCGCCCAGCUGUCGCUAUGCCGGGAGCUAGCAUGGAGUCCAGCAGGAAACAUGCGGGCCGCGCCCUCGAAGACCUGGACCUAUCAACAGAGGAGCUUGGCAGAUUUGAGAAGGCUAUGAAGGACCCAAAGUUUGUGGAAAUGUUGAGUGAGUAUGCCAGGGAAAUGGAGGACCCCAAGCUACGAGAGGAGAACGAGAAAUACCUCCGGCAGUUGGAAAGAGAGGGCCAGGGUGGGGCUGUCUAUGGAAAGGACACGGAGCUGGUGGCUCCAAAUGCCGGCUUCUGUGUCAAGACUAAAAACAAGAUUACAGGGGCCAAGGCGUUCAUAAACAUUUGCCACUCGGAUAAGAUCGGUGCGGCGACCUCAACUCCACGCACCGACAGCACGGGAGCCGAUUGGUCCAUUCCGUACAGCCUGUCUACAGCGCGCAAAGAGAAAGACAAAGCUGGGAAGGAGUGCGACGUGCACGACUUCGUGAUCGGCUCCGCCACAUACGAGCGCUGCCGAACGGACCGCCGCUUCAAAACGUUCGUCAUCGAAACUGCGCUGGAUUCGGUGGAGGCGCAGCGGAAGUGCAAGCUCGACCGGAGCUUCACGCUGCCAAAGCUCAAGUUUAAGGGCCUGAGUGACAGUCCCCCCGUCCUUGCUGUGAAAGCUUCCGGCAAACGGGACGAGGACUCGACGCCGAAAGACUCCCCAGUAUCCCCUCUGCAGCCGUCGAACCGGGCCAACCGCACAGCCAGCCCCUUCGCCUUCGACAAGGCCGCAAAGUCGACCGCUCUGACAACUGCUAUGGCAGCCGGAGCUCAGCCAAGCAGCAACGAGGAGACGCUCUUAAAAUCGGCUCAAUACAAGCCCGCAGAAACAGCUAUGGACAAGGAAGACGGUCGAGAAACACCAGUCAGCGGAGAGUGCGCUCCGAGUGGCAAGAUAACGGAAGUGGUAUCGACGUCGAAAGCCAGCGGGGACACCGAGGCGCAGCCCAACUUCGACAUCGUCCAGCAAGGGCUCAUGGACUUGAGCAGCUUCUGGCUUGACGAGAGGACGGGGCCAGUCCAGGCGAGCCGCCCAGAGUCGCUCCUUCUGAGGGUCGACCUUCCUCUGCUGGAGAGCGCGGCAGCGGUUGACCUGGACGUCUCAGAGCAGCGGGUGGUCCUCAGAGCCGUUGGAAAGUACCUCCUUGAUGCUGCCCUCCCGUACCCUGUCGAGGAAACAAAGGGCCGGGCAAAGUUCGACAAACUCCGGCGCCGCUUAGAAGUGGUGCUCCCCGUUGUGCGACCGCAGGCACCUCCCAGAAAGCCUUUCGAGGAACCGCGCCCCGCCGCUACCGUCGAUGACGACAGUUUGGGGAGCUGCGCCGAGCCCUCAGCGGAUUCCGCCGCCGUCGCUGAUGCAUUUGCUGAGGCUGUUGAGCCACCGGAACCGGAGUCAACGGGCUCCCUGGAGGCAACUACGCAGUCCAUCGGCGAUGGUUCCAAGCUUUUCUUAAACGGAACGGCAGGAGAAUUCGAGGAGGAGCCGCGGAAGGGAGCAGCAGACCGUACGGAGUCCAACGGAAGCGGAACCGUCCUCGGAAACCAGCAGGUGGUGGACGACGGCUCGCCUCUCCCAUGUGCUGCCGAAGUGCCUCAAACAGGCCCCGCUUGCGCUGCGGAGGAGGAAGUCACCCGUAAUGUGGACGCAACGGAGCAGGGAGAGAUGUCAGCCAUCGAAGAUGCCGCCAUCAGCAAAGUCUUUUCGAUGGACAGUCUGAUGGGGGCUCGCUCUGUGGAAGAUGUCCCGGGGUUGGCGAACGGCAAAGGAGUUGCCGCGGAGACGGUUGAGACUCCGAGUGUGGUAGUUCCGGAGUUGGUGCAAUUAGCGACCGAAGCGCCAAAGGUCGAGGAGAGGGAUCCGUCACAGAAAAGUACGAGAGUAGCGCCUUUGCGGUACCAGCCCAAGUUGACGUGUUCGUUGGUCUAUGACAUCGAUUAGAAGGAAGCUGCGCCACUCCCUGCGGGCGUCCCUGCUAAGGUAGUGCUUAAGACUGUAAAGAGGUAUCGGUU